GUUUGUACGUAACUGAGUGGCACGCUGUGAGUGUCCACCUUGUUGAUAGUUAUUGUAAAUGGAUAGUUGUAGAAUACUGUAUUCCCUGCUGCCUCGCUGCUGGUUUUAAUCACUGAAAAAUCAACAGACAGAAUUAAAAUGUGGAUACUGACACCCCUGCAGCCUGGAGGUGAGACGCACUAUCUCCUUGACAGUAAAGAGUACGUGGUGGGGCGCAAGAACUGUGACAUCCUUCUUGUCAAUGACCAGUCCAUCAGCAGGGCUCAUGCUCACAUCACUGCUACUGACCAGAUCCUUACUUUGAAAGACACCUCCAAGUAUGGCACUUUUGUCAACAGCCAGCGUGUUACAGAAAACACGCCAGUGAACUUGAAGCCAGGGGACAAUAUAACAUUUGGGGCUUUUCACAGCAAAUUCAGUGUGGAUCAUCAGAAGCCAGUGGUGUGUUCGUCGUGUUUGGACAACGAUGGCAAGGCAUCACUCUCUCAGGCCCUGCUGGCUUUGGGUGGAAAACUGGUCAACACAUGGACUAAGGACUGCACCCACCUGGCUAUGCCUUCUGUUAAAGUCACCAUCAAGACUAUUUCUGCUCUGCUGUGCUGUUGUCCCAUCGUGAAGCCAGAGUUCUUCUCAGAGCUCAACAAAGCUGUUCAGCAAAAGUUGCCACCUCCUAAACCAGAGAGUUUCAUCCCUGAGAUUGAUGAGCCCAGCUUGAGUAAGGACGACGUUAACCUUGGAGUGAAUCCACUUCGCAAACAGCUUUUCAUUGAAAAGACCUUCAUAUUCCUCAGUGCCAAACAGCUGAAGCGUCUGAGUGGAGCAGUGAGUUUUGGAAGAGGCAAGAUUCAGCUGCUGGAGGAGGGCUCCCUGCCCCGGGACCUGCUGGAGUCUCCACAGAGCUGUGUGGUCGAUGUUACAACAGGCAGCUCCCAAACUCUGCUUUCUUCCUCUAGCACAGAGUGGGCAAACUCUGUAAAGAAUAUUGUCCAAAGAAAAGGCCUUCGAGUCAUCACAGAGUCUGAAAUUGGUUUGGCUGCCAUCUUUGCUUCCUGUGACAAGUACUGCAAUCCAUCCAAUCUAAUGCCAGACUCAGGGUCAGUUUCAAAAGUGAAUCCCAGAAUCCCAAAUGCUUCGCUGUCACAGAACGUGGCGGUGGAUGAGACUUUGUUACCUGCAGCAACUCAAAACAUCACAGCGUAUGCGGUGAACACAGAGUCAUCAGAAGGGUUGGAGCUAUGUGAGAUGACUGGGGUGACAGCAGUAGGAGAAACUCCCAAGAAGACGCAAAACCGGAGCCCCAGUCAGCAUCGUGGAUCCAAAGUCAUAGCUGAGAGGGUGUCCGCUCAGUGCAUCGUGGCUGAUACAAUGAGCUCAUCGUUCAACCCUGCUGACAGCGCAGACUCACAGAGAAAGAUGCCCGAGUCCAAACUGACAGUUUCAGGUGAAGGGAGUAGUGGCAUCAGGUUCCAGCCAUCCAUUUAUAGGACAAAUGAUGGCGUGAAGACAUUCCCACAGAGGCAAUCUCCUCAGAAACCAAAAAUCACUGCACAAGCUUCCCCACAGAAACAAUCAACUCUGACCAGUUUCUUUCAGCCAGUCAACAAGAAAAGACCUUUGGACGAUGAGUUCUCCACUGUUAUGUCAGAGCCAAAGCGGCCUGUAGUGGCAUCAUCCAUCAGCAAGAUACAGGCACCAAACACCACAUACUCAUGUUCUGACAGAUUCCUUGCAACCACAUCCAGGACUCCAUCGGGGUCUAGAGCGGAACCGCUCAAAGGGCGGUCAGAGGCUCCGGUGACCGGGGUCUCCCACACUGCCCAGCAGGAGCCACGGAGUAGAAAGAGGAAGGAGAUGGAAGCAGAGAUACAGAUAGAGGACCUGGAGUCUAUUAUGUCUGAAGAUAUGGAUUUCUUUGAUGAGCAAACGUCAGGCAAUCAAGGCGAGCAAGCACAGCUAAAAGGGCAAAGUUCAAAUGAACCGAAACAAGGUUUAAAUGUGGUGGAAGCUUCGUCUUUAAGCAAGAGGCAACGAAUCCAUGUUGAAGACAACGAAACCAAGCGAAGGCCACCGGUGAGCCUGGAAAAAGAGUCAGGAUCCCACAAGAAUCAGAGCCAGCAAUCUGAAAAACAUAUUGUCACGAUCAAGACAGAACAGGUCCAUCCUUCAGAAUACAGGACAACUAAUCAUGAGUCUAGCAAACCUCCAGAUAUGUCAUCUGCCAGCAAAAGAAAAAACAUACAGCCUAAUGAAUAUGAGGCAUCUUUCAUUGAGGACUUAGAUCUACUCAAAGGAGAUAUUAGCCAGCCUAACAAAGAGACUAAGACCCCUCUGAAACAAGCCAUGAUCAAAGAGGAGAUCCAAGAGUCCAAGAUUGACGAAGACCUUCCUAAAAAGCUGGUGUUAGUGGAGUUUCGAUCGCUCACUGUGACCACACCUCUCAAAACCAAACCACAGCAGAUGCCAGGCAAUGGCCACGCAAAGAACUUCAAAUGUUUCCGCAAGAGCCGAGUGCCAGGUGCAGAGGUCUUACCCCACGUAAUUGGAGGGUCUGAUCUGCUGGUUCACAACAGGGGAAAGAACACUGAUUUGGAUGAAUGGCUGAGAGACGCAGCUGAGGAGGAGCGCCAGAGCAGAAGGGACGAGAUUGUAGGAGAUGACCUCUUCAGGUACAACCCCACCAAAAUAACCAAGAGAAGAUGAAAUGCGUUCAUCUUGAAGUCCUCCAGUGGGAAUACAUUUCAAAUACACAGGAAGUAUGUCAAACUUCAUCAAUGCCGUAUGAAAAUCACUUCAGAAAUAACUUCAUGUAUGACUCCUGUUAUCUUUAUCUGUGUUUUAACUGUAAUGUUAAUAGAUACAACAUGGAGUUAAUGCUUCAUUUCUGCUAAAAUAAUCAGAAAUCUUUACCAAUGUUUUAGUUUUCUGUUCUUCCUGUUCUAUCUACAAAUGUCUUUUUACUCUUGACUAAUAAAAAACUACUGACAGCAAGCAAUGUAACAAAACGUUUUCAGAGAUUUUUCUCAGUUU